AUGCUCCUGUCAAUUUGUGCUUCUAUUGUUCUGCUUUUUACUGUGAUGGGAAGGCUUGCUGCUAACCCAGGAAUGAAAAUUAAAAUUACGGACAAAGGUUUACAAUAUGCCAGAAAAAUUGGUGUCAAUUUGCUUGAGCAGAAGAUUAAAGAGUUUCAAUUGCCAGAUGAGACUGGGAAAAUAGACCUGAUGGGAUGGCUAGAUUACAAAGUAUCAAGGCUACAACUUAUAGAUGUUGGAUUGCCCAAUUCCAGUGCAGAGUUCAUUCCCAACAUCGGUAUCAGAUUUUCAACCGAUGUUUCCGUUAGCCUGGUUGGAGAAUUGGAGGUGUCAUUGGGACUACUAUAUAGUGCAGGGACUUUUAACCUGAACAUCAGUAUGCUUUCAGCAACAUUUGUUGUUGGAUUCCUACACAACGAUGGUCGACCAACAGUUAAACCCAUUAGUUGUAACUCAACAUUGAAAGAUUUUGAAAUUACUUUUCAUGGAAGUAGCAGCUGGCUUCAUCGUAUGUUCAUUGAAAGAACAAAAGGUGAAAUCAGAAAAGCUUUUUCCAAGAAGGUGUGUUCACAUUUUGUAAGUUUGAUUGAAAGGCUUGAAACCAUGGAUCAGACUGCCUUACAGCAAGUGGACCAUUAUGUUGCAUUUGAUUAUUCUUUGGUUAGAGAACCUGUGAUCACAGCAAAUUCCAUUGAGUGGCCUAUUAAGGGUAUAGUUUAUGAUCGUCAGCAUCGUAAGCCACCUCCAUAUGAUGUACAACCAUUUAAUCUCCCGGAUAUCACUGAUUUAAUGUUGUACGUUGGAGUAUCGGAGGAUGUCCUCAACACAAUGGGAUUUGCAUAUUUUGUAGCUGGAGCUUUGCAAAUCGACAUCACUGAUGAUAAGCUUCCAGAAGACAUAUCCCUUCGAUUGAACACAUCCAACCUGUCAUUAUUGUUGCCUGAGACAGCCAGUGUAGGAGCUCAGGUGUACAUAUCAGAAAUGAGAUUGCGUGGAUCAGUGCAUCUGAAAAGUUUUGAUCUAGUUUUGAAACAAUCAAAAGUGGGGAAUAUUCAAGUGAAGGCAUUGGAUACGAUUCUAACGAUUGUAUUUAAGAAGAAUGUGCUUCCAAAGUUAAAUGUGUCACUGUACAGAGGGAAGGCCCUACUAAUCUUACACAAAGUAUCACUGCCGAAUGCAAUCAUUAAAAUUAACAAGGGUAUGUUAAUGCUUGGGACUGAUCUUGAGUAUCGUGGCUGA